AUAAAAUGGGUUAUGUCUGUCCGUGUAUAUUCAAAGAAAUUUGCCCUGAAAGAAAGAAGAUGAUGUUUACUUAUGGAUUUGUUUUCUUUCAACUGAUGAUUAUGGCUACAGCUAACUGCAGUCCAAAACUUGAUAAUGCAGUAGUUGAAGACCUUUUGACAAUGCUUGUUAAAUAUAAAGGAUCAGUAGAAUAUAGAAACACCAGAAAUUGGAGAGAUAUUCCUGCAUUUACUGCAUCCUUAUCAAAUGAAAAGAAUAUUAAUGCCAACGAAAUUGUAAAGUUUGACAAAGUUUGGACUAACAAUGGAAAUCACUAUGAUCCUAACACGGGAAUUUUCAAAGCUCCAAGAGAAGGGUUGUACCAUGUAUCCACUACACUCAUGUCAGUGUCUGGGAAAACUGUUUAUGCUCACAUUCGGCAGAAUGAGACAAGGACAGUUGGUCUGUUUCCUGGUACCGGAUAUAGUGAAGCUACUGCUAACAUUGUGUUACAUCUAAAGAAAGGCGACAAAGUUACAGUGAGAGGUUCUGGUAACCAUCCCUAUCUAUACAGCAGUUCUGCCCACUACAGUAUGCUCUCAGCCUAUCUUAUAGCGUAG